AUCACAGAAAGAGCCAGGCUAUAUAUACUGACACUCAAAGCAUUGCCCUGCUAGUCUGCUAAUCUCUGCAGUUGCAUUCAUUCUCUUUCACCAUGGUUGAAAAAUUCCUGGGGACCUGGAAGCUGGUAGACAGCAAGAAUUUUGAUGAAUAUAUGAAAUGUCUUGGUGUGGGUUUUGCCACCCGCCAGAUUGCAAAUGUCACCAAACCCACAACUAUAUUCUGUUUAGAAGGGGAUACUAUUGUGCUGCAGACCCAGAGCGCUUUCAAGAACACUGAAGUCAAAUUUAAACUCAAUGAGGAGUUUGAUGAAACUACAGCAGAUGACAGAAAAGUGAAGUCCCUGAUCACUCUAGAAGAUGGUGUAUUGAAGCAUGUGCAGAAAUGGAAUGGGAAAGAGACCACGCUGUUACGAGAAGUAAAUGAUGACAAACUUCUCCUUACUCUAACCCUAGGAGAUGUCAUCAGCACCCGUCACUAUGAAAAAGCUUAAGAACAAGCUACAUCGACCUAAGUUUAAUGUCUACAGCAUUUCCUCAUAACCGUUUUGUUCUUUCACUACUUGUUUCCUCUCUUGCCAUCUGGGCUACAACAGCAGUAUUAUGAAUCCUUGGGAAGGUCUGAUGAAGCACUGACUGAAAACUUGC